GCGAGUGCCACCUGACAGACGUGGGAGAGACCAUCUUCGUAUUGUUUGUGAGGGGUCAUAGAAGGGGAGAGACGAUCAGAGACUAUAUCUCACCAUUUACCCCGUGGCCUCUCCUGGUUCCUGCCAGCCAUGUGCCCCCGGGGAUAAAACAUGCUGCCUGGCAAAUACCGAGGACGGCUGGUGUCUAAUGUAAAUAACUGUGGCCUUCAUUUGGUUUUACAGGCCACCCCUGUAACGGAUAAAAAUAAGCAGUAUGACUUCAGGUUAAGUAAGGACGCAGCCCCCCUCAACAACAGACAUUCUCAACAUGACCUUGAAAAGAACGUUACUGGAAGGCAAGAUGGAAGACUUUCAAGUCCCCUGAUUCGGAAUCAGCAGCCUUAUAUUCCUUUAACUUCUAAUGUCACUGAGGUUUUUGGCCCUGCUUCAAGAUGCAGUAGAGACUCCAUGUCACUGGGAGCAUUUGGAGAGCUUCCAGGCCGUGUAUCCAGAAAAAGCAGAUCUAGAUCCGUCCCCCAUUGUGGCAGUCCAAAUAAUAAUAAUGAAGAUGCUCCACAAUCUAAAGUAAACCAUUUUCAUUGUUUGAAAACUCUAUCAAGAUCAGAACUUGGAUGUCCUGUUGUGCACCGCACAGCGGAGGAGAAAGCAGUCAGCCCAGACAAACUCAAUUUAGAGAGGCAAGGCUUCACAGUCUUCCCUGUAAUAGAAGGAGAAGAACAGCUCCGGCUAUUAUAUCUUCAGCACAACGUUAUAACAACAAUCCAGAAUCUCUCAAGCUUUAACCGUCUAAUAUUCAUAGAUCUUUAUGAUAACCAGAUAGAAGAAAUAAAUGGCCUGUCUUCUUUGAGAUCUUUACGUGUGCUUAUGCUUGGUAAAAACAGGAUUCAGAAAAUAUCAAAUUUGGAAAAUCUUAAAAAUCUUGAUGUCCUUGAUCUCCAUGGCAAUCAGAUAUCGAAAAUAGAGAAUAUUAGUCACUUGGGAGAGUUGCGAGUGCUAAACCUUGCUCGAAAUCAAAUAAGCCAAGUGGAAAACCUAAAUGGUCUAGACUCGCUGACCGAGCUCAACCUGAGGCAUAACAACAUCAGUGUUGUGAGCGAUGUGGAGACUUUGCCCAGCCUUCAGCUCCUUUAUCUCAGCUUUAACAACAUCUCAAGACUCCAUGACAUCCUGUGCCUUGCUGACUCCACAUCACUUUCAGAUGUCACACUUGAUGGCAACCCUAUAGCUCAAGAGUCAUGGUACAGACAAACUAUUCUCGGACAUAUGCUGCAGCUGCGCCAGCUGGAUAUGAAGAGAAUCACGGAAGAAGAAAGACGUACCGCAUCUGUUCUGGCAAGAAAAGAGGAAGAGAGGAAGCGUGAAAGCCAUAAGCAAGCACUGUUAAAGGAGAAAAAAAGAAUUGCAAUUCACAAUGCUGCACGACAGUGGGAUAUUCAGCAAAACCGAGUCUUACCUGGCACAAAUUCAGACCAGGAAGGUGGAGGUUCUGCAAGCCCUUCUCAUAAACCAUGCCAUUUGAAUGGAUCUACUCCUUAUGAAUUCAAUGAAGACAAGAGAUCGCUUGAUACCGUACUUAGCAGUGCUGUGCAAGGACUUUCUGUGGUGGAUUCCCAUCUUGUGGAGCUCGAAGGAGAUACUUUGUCCCUGUAUGGCUUGGGAGCCCUUGAAUCUCUUGACAGGACAUGGAGUGUACAGACAGCUGGCUCGGUUAACACCAUCUCGUUCACUUUUAUAAAUUUUGAAGACAUAGUUCAGAUUCUGCCAAAAAUAAGAAUCAAGUUUCCCAAUGGAACACACCUUAAAUUUAAGGAAAACAAUCUGAUCACCUUGAAUCAGUUCAACGCUUUGGCUCAGUUGCGUCGGCUUGAUCAGUUGACUGUGGAUCCUCAGGGAAACCCUGUUGUUAAUUUUACUCUUUGGAAGUAUUAUGUUCUUUUCAGACUGAACAACUUCGGCAUUCAGAAAGUCAAUGAAAAUGAGGUUACUCAGAAUGAUGUGGUUAUGUCAGAAAGGCUCUUUGGAAUUCUUGCCUAUGUUGCCGCUUCAGAGUCACCACACUACAGACUCGCUGCACUCCUCGGUGAUUCCAGAAAGAAGACAUUACAUCACCUACUAGAGACUAAGUCUAAGAAGGUUCCGAUAGGCGGUGAAGAAAAUAUUGACAAUAAGAGAAUUGUCGGAGAAACCCCAACUCGAGCAGCACUACAAUACAUUCCACAGGAUCUGCUCACUGAGAAGCUAGAGGAACUCACAGAGAAGAAAGCUUUCUGCCAGGCGUAUGUUAAGGACCUUGUGAAUGAAGCAAAUGAUAUCAACUUGAAGAAUGAGUCUUUGCAGAAGUUGUGGCCCCAGAUGUUCAUUGAACUUGUCAGAGAUGCAGUAAUCGAGGUCCGUGAUAAGAGCUCUUACAUGAAGCAGUGCUUACAGAGGAUCUCUGAACAAAAAUAGCCUUUCUUCCACCAAUCCUUAUUUAUAAAUUUGCACUGUCCAAUUUCAGAUAAAGCAUGAAGAUCUAUCAGUAUGUUUGGGUCCUCUCAGCAGUAUAUAUUCGGUUUAUCCACUUUGCCUUGUUUCCAUUGCAUCUUAUGAAUUUUUCUAUUUUAUGACAGUUGCAGUAUUACAUGUAUUUGUUUUCUACCAAAUUACUUGGACUUGUUAAUUGCCAGCCAAAAUGAAUAUGCGAGACAAGAAAGCCAUGGACCUUAUUUGUCUUCCAUUAUUUCUAGAAUAUAUGGAAGAGAU